AUGUUGUCUUCUUCUCCCUGGAGCUGGCCGCUGUCUUGGCGAGUCGCCAUCCUCCUCAAUGUCAGCUUCUAUAACCUAUUGGGGAAUAUGUACGCUUCUGGGGUGUCACCCCUUUUUGAGCUCAUUAUCAAGGACUUGCAUUGCACCCAACAGCAGGCAUCCGAGCUCACGACAUACGUCUUGUUGACUCUUGGUCUCUCUAAUCUCUUCGCUCUUCCAUUGGCAUCACUCAUCAGCAAGCGAUACACGAUAUUGCUCUCACUUGUCUUAUUUCUCGCUACAAACAUAUGGUCUGGAGAAGCACCAUCAUAUACGUCCUUACUGGUCUCCAGGAUCCUUGGAGGUCUCGCAGGCGGGUUGAUUGAGGCCUUGGGGCCAACCAUUGUCGCAGAAACAUUUCCACAACAUCAAUGGGCCAGGGCAAUGGUCGUCUAUGUUGGUUUUCUUGCGGCUGGCUCGGCUCUUGGUCCCAUCAUUGCCGGUGCUGUUGCGCAUGGCAUAGGCGAUUGGAGAUGGUACCAGCGGAUUUUAGCGAUUGCUGUUGCCAUAAAUCUUCUCGGGUCCAUCUUCAUACUUCCAGAAACAACACACGACUCGAUUGGAAUGAUCGGACCAGCCAUGGUAGAAGAUGGCGAUGCAGAUUCCAAGGCAGAGGCAACCGCCAAUGAGUUUGCGUCAGGCUCUGGACAAGAGCUCAGCCCUCCCAACGAUGGUUCUCUAUCUCAACACCUCAGGGACGAGUGGAUCAAGAGAUCUUUUUCUGCUUAUUAUGUCACAAUGGAUUGGAAGACGGCUUUGCUUACAUUUGUCAAGCCACUGCAACUUAUCACUCUCCCGCAGGUCCUGGUCACGACCCUCAUCUUCGGCUUGACAAUUGGCUGGACUGUGAUCAUCGCCGUCGUCGUGGCUGUGAUAUAUGCACCACCUCCGUUGCUCUGGAGCUCCUUGCAUGUUGGACUGCUCAGUCUCGCGCCUUUGACGGGACUUCUCAUUGGGCUCCCCGUUGGCGGGGCUUUGGCCGACAUGUUGUUCAACAGACAGGUCAAGAAAUCCCAAGAAGUGCAUGAUCCAGCCGUUCGAUUACCAGCCGUAAUCAUCGGCGGACUGGUGAGCCCUGCAGGUUGCCUUGUACUCGGUUAUGGGCUACAGCAUCCUCACACUUGGAUUCAAGUCUGCGUCGGCUGGGCCAUGCUAGCUUUCGGCUUGACGGGAUCCGCUAACGUCUUGUUGACGUAUGCCGUUGACAGUGUGCCUUCUCGGGCUGGAGACAUCGGUACCCUUUUGAACGUGACUAAGAACUCGCUUGGGUUUGGUGUCUCAUACGCGUCAGUCAGCUGGAUGCAGAAGUCUGGACCUGUCAACCAAUUCGCCACCAUGGCAGGCCUUUUGUGGUUUUGCUAUAUGCUCGCCAUUCCGCUUUGGCUUUGGAGAGCUGCAUUGGUCCGACUGAUGGCUCGUUGGUUUUAA